AUUGCAUGUGGAAUGAAAUUGAUAGAAAAUUUUGUUUUUUGGAAAUAAACACAAAAGACGACGAGUUUAACAUAGUUAACUAGUUUACAAUUACAAUACACAAUAUAUAAAGUGCAGGCAUUGUUUUUAUUCUUGUAUAUAAUUGCUUGCCAUACUUGUGACGAAUGCUUCAGGUCGAGUGCUUAACCUUUAAUUAAACGACUACAUUUUUGCAGAAAGACCAAUCCGAUGGUUGUCUGAACGGGGAAAGACAACCAUUUGAAGGACAUUACUUUGGCUCCACUUUUGUGACAACUUAAUCAACACUAAGGGAAAUUCCAAGAAACAUGCAGCCUCAAAAUAUGUAUGUGCCCUCGGGUAACAACAGCUCGGGGAACAACCGUUCAAAUCCACAAAACAAUAUAUAUCGCGGACCGCCGCCAGCGUCGAAUGCGCCGCGUGGAUCCGGCGGAGGAGCAGGCGGAGGUGGAGUAGGCGGAGGAGGAGGAGGUGCCCGCCACGUACACAUGUCAGCAAUGUAUCCGAAUGUGGUGCUACAACAGUUCCCUCCAUUCAGUCAGAGACAGCCGACAUUUCAAGCGCCACACAUACAAUAUGCACCGACGCCCAUUUCCUACUAUCCGUAUCCGUAUCUAUCAACACUGCCACAGCAGCCACCACCACACUCUCACACACACACACACUCACGCAGCGGCGUGCAGGUGAGCACAAAUGUCAACCUUGGCAACACGAUGCCCGUCCAGUCCGGACCAAAUGGACCGCUGGCUGGUCCAGGGGCCUCAUCCUCCCAGCUUCAGUUGCUGGCUGGCGCCGUACAGCCCGGCGCAAAUACGGUUCUCGGUGUCGGUGGCACUGCCAACGGUCAAGUGGGCGUAGGAGUGGGUGUGGGCGUGCCACCAAUGGUCGGUGUCAUGGCACAGAAUGUGGCACAACAGUCGGUACAGGCGCCUCCGACGAGUAGGCGUCGUCAUCAGCAUCGCUUACAGAUCAUCGAUCCAGCAACAAGAAAGAAUAUUCUCGAUGAUCUGGAUAAAAGUAAUUCGAAUGCAGACAAUGAAUACCAGGAUCAAGUGCAAGUGCCUCCUGCAGCAGCGGUGGUAACAACAGCGACUUCAGCCGUUGUUCAGCCAGAUGCUCAGGUGCCCAUAUGUAUCUCACAGUCACAGUCAGAUGCUGUUGGAAUGUCGCUUGUCAGUGGUCAAAUAGUUAUGCAAGGCAGCUCUGAUCCAAGGACUAACGUCCAGUACAAAAUAGAUCAAAUUCCCGCUCAUCGCCAAGAUAUUAAUGUGGGUCAAACACCAGUGGUUUCGGCAAUGACUGAUGCACCUUCUGUCGAAAUAUUGCCAACACCGCAAAAGUCCAAGAGCAAAAAAAUUCCUAUAGUCUCUCCAAAAGAUGAGCCUGAACUAACACCUAUCAAAGUGGAUGAUGCUGCAGGAAAAGCCAUCACUGCCACUAAGACGACGACGCAGACGACGAUCGAGAAUAGUCAACAGACUAAUCAACAGACAACGGACACACAACAAGCAACUACAACAACAGCAACUGCAACUGCAACUACAACAAAGCAAAACUUAUCACAUCCUCAAGAGAAGGAGCAGGAACAGGAGCAAUCGGAGCAAAUUGUCAUAAUUGAGGAAAACAAAUCGGUUGAACUGACUACUGAAGUCGCAUCAUUGAAAGCAGAGAAACCUGUAGAGAUUGUCAAAGCUCAAGAUCAGAUAAAGCUAGAGGAUGCUAUAUCCACGAUGCAUAUAGCGGAACAGUCAGUCUCAGUUGAGAUUCCUCCUCCUGCUGCACACGAAGAGACACCCGAUGAGACUGAUCGUGCCCCAAUGCCACAAAUGGAAAUGGAAAUGGAAACAGCGAUUAAACAGCCAGAAAAGGUGCAAAAUGUAGAGAGCACAAUAGUUGCAGAGGUAAAAGAGACGGAAUCGGCGUCGCUGGCAACGGAAACAGAACCAGAAAGACAACAGGAACAGGAAAAGGAUCAAUCGAAAGUAGAAAAAGAAAUGGAAAAGAGUGCAGCAGGUGAUGGAGAAGAAGCUUCAGCUACAGUUUCAGCAGACGGUGCGGGAGCGGGUGCUGCAUCUCUUAUCAAUUACAACGAAGGUCAAUGGUCACCCAGUAAUCCCGGUGGUAAGAAGCAGUACGAUCGGGAGCAGCUGAUGCAGCUGCGUGAGGCGAAGGCAUCCCGAGUGCAGCCCGAGGUGAAGAAUGUCUCCAUAUUGCCACAUCCGAAUCUCAUGCCACUUUUUAUGCGCAACAACAACAACAAUCAAAAUAAGCGCGUACAAUCGAUGGUAGGAACGAUUGGAGGCGGAGGAGGUAAUCGGAACAGCGAAUCCAGUGGCAACUUUGCGGGCAAACAGGUGUCCAUGUCCGGCGUGCAAGCUGGAAGGAGCAGCAUGAAGGGUAUGAUUCAUGUGAAUCUAUCCCUAAACCAAGAUGUCAAACUGAAUGAAACGGAAAAUGCCUGGCGACCAAGAGUCGCCGUUGUUGGUGGUGGUGGUUCAGCUAAACAGGAAAUUGAACUGAGUUCCGGUUCGAAUGAUAAGGGCACCGUUCACGAGAAGGAUGAACUGGUGCGUCGGGUGCGGGGAAUUCUCAAUAAAUUGACGCCAGAGAGAUUCGAUACGCUGGUGGAGGAGAUCAUCAAGCUGAAGAUCGAUACGCCCGAAAAAAUGGACGAGGUGAUUGUCCUUGUCUUUGAGAAGGCAAUCGAUGAGCCGAACUUCUCCGUCUCCUAUGCCCGACUCUGUCAUCGUCUGAUCAGCGAGGUGAAGGCGCGCGAUGAGCGCAUGGAGAGUGGCACCAAAUUGAAUCUACAGCACUUUCGCAAUGCACUGUUGGACAAGACGGAGCGAGAGUUCACACAGAAUGUGUCACAGCAUACGGCAAAGGAGAAGAAAUUGCAGCCAAUUGUGGACAAGAUUAAAAAGUGCCAGGAUCCGAAUGAGAAGGCCGAACUAGCGGCCAUUCUGGAGGAGGAGGAGCGCAAGAUUCGUCGUCGCUCCGGUGGCACAGUUCGAUUCAUCGGCGAACUCUUCAAGAUAUCCAUGUUGACGGGCAAAAUUGUUUACUCCUGCAUUGACACCCUACUGAAUCCCCAUUCGGAGGAUAUGCUCGAAUGCCUGUGCAAAUUGCUAACUACAGUGGGUGCCAAAUUCGAGCAGACACCGGUAAAUACCAAGGAUCCCGCUCGUUGUUAUUCGCUGGAGAAGUCAAUAGCUCGCAUGCAGUCGAUCGCAUCCAAGACGGACAAGGACGGAGCCAAGGUCAGUUCACGUGUGCGAUUCAUGCUGCAGGAUGUCAUCGAUUUGCGCAAAAACAAAUGGCAAUCGGCUCGCAAUGAGGCGCCCAAGACAAUGGGACAAAUCGAGAAGGAGACCAAAAACGAGCAGCUGUCCGCCCAAUACAUGAACUACAGCGGCUCGCUGUCCUCCUCCGGUGCCAAUGGACCGCAGAGCGGGUCUGGUAAAUCCCGAGAUGAUCGCGGCGGCAAUAACCGUUUCGAUUCCCGCUCGUCAUCCGGUUACGGCGGCAGUCACAGUCAACGCGGCGACUCCGGAAAUCUCCGACAUCAGCAGGGCAACAGCGGUGGCGGUGGUGGAGGCGGAGGCAUUUCCAAUAGCGGCGGAAACAACAACAACACUCAUCACUCCAAUGGCAACAAUGAUGACAACACGUGGCACGUCCAGACCAGCAAGGGAAGCCGAUCCCAAGCAGUGGACACCAACAAACUGGAAGGUCUGACAUUGCAGCUCAAUCAGAAUUUGGAUACUAAGAAAAUGGGCGGAGUAUCUCAAUUUAUUUGGAAUAAUAAUGUCAGCAGACAAUCGUCAACACCAACGACAACACCUUCAAAUUCAUUUGCAGCGCUAUCUUCGUUAAUUGAUAAAAACAUGGCCGAUCGAGAUCGUAACGAUCGGGAUCGUAACGAUCGUGAUCGCGAUCGAAGUGGACCAAGAAAUAAGGGAUCUUACAACAAGGGUUCCAUGGAGCGUGAUCGUUAUGGCGAUCGAAGCAUUCACUCGAGAACCGGCUCGUCCCAAGGAUCGCGGGAGAACUCAUCGUCGCGCGUUGGACAACAUCAGCAGAAUCGCGGCAUUAUGAGCGCUUCAUUACAAAAAUCAGCUAGUCACUCAAAGUACGCACAGCAGGCGCCGCCAUCCAGACUUUCCAACAAGGCUAUGGGAUCUUCACUGAGCAACACAGGCAACGGCAACAACGUUGGCGUCAUGUACCGGGGCAGCGAACAUCAACCACCACCAACAUCGUCAACAUCAUCAUCAAGUGCCUCAUCAUCUAUUUCUGCCUCUCAGUCUCAGUCGGCUAAGAAUGUUGCGCCGCCGGCUGUGUAUAUCGAGCCACGACCCAACGAUCUGAAGCUCUUCAAAUCGGUCGUAUCGGAAAUGGUGGAACUUGCAGUGACAUCCAAAACAGUUACUCCGACAGUUGUAGAAUGCAUCAAACGGAUACCGGAACAACAACGCUGCGGAUUGUUGUUCUACAUACUAACUGACUAUUUGCAUUUAGCGGAUGUUGGCAAACAAUACAGGAGAUACCUGGCUAACACAAUUGCCUAUCUUAUACAACAGAAUCACAUGUCUGUGGAUCACUUUAAGCUUGCAUACGAAGCAUUUAGCGAGUUUGCCAACGAUUUACUUGUCGAUAUUCCAGCAUUAUGGCUCUAUGUUCUUCAAUUUGCUGGUCCACUAAUCGUUAAGAAAGUGCUGACAGUCUCAGAUCUGUGGACAAGAAGUUUGCGAGAGAAUCCAGAUAGCGAUGGUAAAAACUUUCUUAAGACAUACUUGACCUACUGCACACGGGAAGUGGGACCAAAUUUUACCCGAAGCAUGUGGCAAAAGUUUAACAUGCGUUGGUCCGAUUUCAUGCCUGAAUCAAAUGUAAUCGAAUUUAUUGAAACAAAUAGAUUAGAGUAUGUCGAGAAUGAAUUGAAGGCACCAGUGAUUGAAGAACGCGAGUCCGGCGAGAAACACGUCAAAAAUGUGAUAGAUCAUGUUGAGCACUUGCUUAAAGAAGGUUCAACUGCAGAUUGCAUAAUUGAUUACUGUAAUGGCAAUAUUGUUGUAGCCGAUAAGGCGUUUAUUAGAGGCUUGACAAAAACUCUUUGCAACUUUGCAAUUGCCUAUAAGGAUCAUAGUUAUAAGCUUGAGCCAGAAAUGUUUCAAAAGGUUUGCGUACCAGUUUUUCAACGUUAUAUUGAUUCCAACGAUGACCUUCAGCUUGAAUGCUUAUACGGGGUUCAACUACUUGUGCACGGCUUAGAGCAUCCUAGAGGUUUGUUAAGUGAAUUAUUUGGAGAGCUAUAUGAUGGUUAUGUAAUACAGAAGGAGUCGCUCUGUAAAUGGCGCGAUUCAAAGGAUCAGUCAGCUGGCAAGGGUGUGGCUGUCAAAAGUCUUAAUCCAUUUUUCAACUCAUUAUUCAGCGAAGAAGCCAAUUAAUGCAUCAAUAUAUACUCGAUGAGGUGACAAACGAGCGAUUUAGGGCAAAGUAAAUAGAAAUUCACCUAUACAAACAAUAAAAAAUAUACCACACCCACACACACACACAACACUUGAAAUCAAGAUAAUAUAUAUAUAUAUAUAUAUACAUAUAUAUAUACUUUCAUAUGUAAUAAGAAAGAAGUGUGAGGAUCAUGUGUAAGAUCCAGAGAAAAAUCUAUAUUCUACUACAACAAUAUAAAAAUAUGUAUACAGAUACAAAUAAUUCGCUGAUACGAUUAUGCGAGACUACAGAACGUGUUUAUAAACCCUGAAACUGUGUAUGCAUGUGUACAAAAUAUACAUAAAAAUAAAGCAAACCUAAAGAAAAUUUAUAGCUGUAAUUGGUUGCUAAACAAUGUUAUAGAAUUAAACGGAGCUAAGAAGCUAAUUUUUUCUUUCUUAAAAACAACGAGAAUGAUAUUGCAUUAAUUGUCCGCGAAUAUUUGUUUGCUAUUGACAAACGAAUAUUACACCUUUAAAAUAAUUGUUGAUGAAGAAUCAAAAGGCAAACGAAAAUUGGAAAAGAAAUGAAACGAUUUAAAAAUAUACAAUUCAAUUUAAUCCAAGCAACCGUAAGUUUUCAUACAAACAAUUAUUUAGACUUAAUUGCCUAAUCGUUUAUAUUUUGUAUCUCUAAGAGAUGAUCAAUCUAUUUGUAAUUUAAUGAGGAAUGAUAAAUCCGUUUUAAAUAUAAUGUUUUUAAAGGUGAACAACAAACUACGCCAA